UCCUACUUAACCUUGUUUUUUUAAAUAUUUUAUGUUCUUGUUAACCUUGUGUUGCUCAGUUCAAUGUCCUACUUAAAGUUUGUACCUAUUAUUGUAUAUGCAUGUUGCAUUAUGCACACACGCCUAGAUGUAGCUGCUUCUCUCUAUGAUAGACAUACGACUGUUGUAUGUCUCCAGCCUCUUCUAAAAGGUGGGGCUUAAUUCUUUAUAAGUUGAUAAAAUUCCAUAAAAUUCAUUAAUACCCUAAGGAAUAUGAAUUUUCAUUGGUUUGAUACUACUGUAUAAGAGGAUUUGUUGGCGGGAGUUUUUGGCAGUUUUGUGAUGGCUAGUUUAUUGGCAGAAUUAAUAUUGGCGAUUUCUUAACAGUAAAUUAUAUCCCCACCCUAAGGCGGAAAUAAAUUUACUUACAUGUAAGUGAGGGCUACACUUGCUAAUUAAUGCAUGGAAACUUUCAAUGUUGUGAAUUGUAUAUGUGGACACCAUAUUAUUAGAGAAAGAUUGUACCUUUUCUGGACAAUUGUGUUUUUUAUCACCUGGUUUAGAGACUGGCUUAAGGAAACAUAGUAAAGCCAUGUUAGGUAGCGUUUGACUAAAAUUAAUGUGGGCGUGGUCACAUGUAUAAAAAUGAAAUUACUGCUUGCUAAUUUUAAUUUUGUGUUUUAAUAUAAAUCCGUCAAUCCACCAAUAUAAAAUCCCCGUCAACAUUUCAUCUUUUACGGUAUAUACUUUUUAAAAUAAAUUUAUAUCUAAUGAAUUGCACACAUAUGCAGGUAAAAAUGCAGUGACUACUGUAGUUAGACCAGUUACCAGUGGUACAGUCAAUCAAUUACCGACUGCUAACACAAAAGUAUCAGCUUCAGCUGGAGAGCUCUUUUUUAAUGCAGCACAUCAGUCUAUGUUCGAUGAAAUCAGAGGAAGUUUUAUUAUUCUUAUUGAUGAGCUAGUUCCAUUGAUAUCUCAAUCAAAAGCAUCCAUUGAUGAAAUGAAGUCACUUCUUCAACGGUUUUACCCAGAAUUGAGUGCUGAGCUGUCUGAUGCUGAUAGUUUUGAAGCAAUUAUCAAUAUUGCAAUCAAAAAAUGCCGAGUGAACAAUAUCUCAGUGAUAAAAACAAUUGUGAAACGUUUCAAAAUCAGUCGAGCAAAGCGUUUGAUAUCAGAAUAUGAAAAAGAAGUGAAGACAGUUUGUAGAUCAUUGAAGGAUUUCCUUAGUCAGAAUCAACCUGAAUGCUUCAACAAUUCUGAAACAAUUCAGCUUACUCUGGGAUGGGAACCAGAGGAGCAUUCACUUAAUGACAUACGUAAUCUCUUAGAGGAAGCAUUUAAAGAAUUAAACAGAAGGAUUACCAUACAAACCAUUCAUCGUGGGAACUCCAUCAUUAUCAUCUGUUAUGCCCCACAUCAUUUACUAGCUGCUCUUCUCUUGGAAGCACAAGACAACCUAACUGUCUUGAUCAAGGAAUUCAGUUUAAUUAGAUUAACCAUUGGCCACUACACUGUCUAUAAUAAAAGGAACAGAUACAAAGUAAUGAAUAACGAGUGUCUUGCAGAGGAGAUUAAACUAGCUGAUGGAGAGGAACAAGAACUGAGGACUUCACUUGAUUACAAAGAAGUAUCAAUAUCUGAACAAGAUAAACAAGUGAAUACCUUCAGAAAACGACAUGAGUAUACUGAAAGGACAUUACCAGAGUCUAAACUGAAAGUGAAGCUACUGACUAGAGGGAAGUUGAUAAAUAAAAUAUUCACAUCAAAAAAAUUGGAGACUCAGAAUUUCCGAAGCUCUCUCCUAAUGAAAGCAGGAAGAAAAGAGGCGUUAGUGGAGUAUAAGAAAGAGAUUGAGUUGCUACAAGAAAAUAUAUCAAUGACUAGUAUACAACUGCUGAUGAUUCAAAAGGCAAAUAUUGACAAGAAGGAUCAGUGUACACAAUCACUGAAUACACCAACAGCAGAAUCUAUUUAUACAGCACGUAUUGACUAUCAUGGAAUAUGGAGUGGUCAUCUUUCAUUCAGUGAGGGAGAGCAGCUGAAGAUAUUUGAAAAGCCUGAUAGAUUUAAGUGGAAAGGAAGAUCCUUGGUGUCUGGUGAUGAGGGAGACAUUCCUAGUAGUUUUGUUUACUCAAUGUUGGAGUCACUUCAAUUGUUAGAGUUUUUACUGUCAGUGGAAGAAGUGUCCCUUCCUAUUCUACAGAAGAUAAGAAAUGAUUCAUCUAGUAAUGAUGAGAAAGCCUCUCUUUUCCUGGAGACUAUUAAUGAUGAUCCUAUCAUGAUAUCUGCACUAAGAGAAGACAAGGAACAACAUGAAUUAGAAGAAGUCCUUUCAAGACGGAGAGUGGACUGGCACAAUGACAGGGUAUACCUUCACUAUUCAUCUCCAGUUCAGUGUAGGGAAGUGAUUAGUAAUCUUAAUAUCAAUUAUAAGAGGAUUGACCUCUACUCCUUAUCUACUAAUAGUACAGUGUCACUAUUAUCAUCAACUAAACUGCAAACACUAAACCUGAGGAAACUUGAGAUACACUACACUCCAUUAACUAAUGAUUGUAUCCAGUACUUGUGUAUUCUCCUAACUAAUAAUAAAACAAUGCAAGAACUAGUCAUUAGGUCCCACUCCAUUAGUGAUAGAGGAGUAACUAAUAUCUGUCAAGCACUUAAACACAAAUCUACACUUACCUCAUUAGUUCUUUAUCACAAUCCGCUCAUCACUUCUACUAGUGGACGGGCUCUUUCUCACCUCCUCCUCAAUAACUCAUCACUAGAUCAAUUGGAUCUACGAAGGACAUCAUUGUCUACUGAGUCAAUAUUACUCAUUUUUCAGCCACUUUCCAAUAAUAGAAGUAUCACAAAACUCUGGCUAGACGAGCGACACAAAGAGGCUUGCAUUAACACUUAUCCUAACUAUCACCUCAUACAAGGCAGAGUAUGCUGGGUGGACUAACCACUCUUCAUGUGAACUGAAAUACACUAAAAAGUGACUCUCUUUUACAGUUUUAAUUUAUUUUAUAUACAGUAUUUUUAGCCUGUUAUUAAUUAGUGUAUAGAGCAUUUGCUGUCAAAAAUUAUUGAACACUUGGUCGUAUUAAAGGACUCUAUCUCAAUUGUAUGUGCUUUGUUUCUUCCUUUCUUUAUCGCCUAUCCUAUGUCUAAAAUUACUCUUAUUGUUCUUAUUAAUAAUAAAUAUCUUACAUUGGCAUUCUAUAGAAUGUUUACCAUACCAUA